AUGCGAGGCCAGCGUGUAGAGGAGUGUGUGUGCAGGCCGUGUGGAGGCUGGAAGGUGACCGUCUGGCUGCUGGCAUCCCUGCUAGGGUCCCUGCUACUGGUGGCCGUCGGCGUGAUGCUGCAGAUCGUGCGUCUGGUGAACGGGCGUAACCUGUGUGAGGGGCGUGUGGAGGUGUGGCACAACGGGACGUGGGGUACGGUGUGUGAUGACGACUGGGACACGGUAGAUGCCAACGUGGUGUGUCGGCAGCUGGACUGUGGUCUGGCCGUGGCGGUGGGCAGCAUCUCAGAGUACGGCCAGGGUUCGGGGCCCAUCCUGCUGGACAACGUAGACUGUAAAGGAGGGGAGACAGACCUGGGACAGUGUGGCAGUCUGGGCUGGGGCAUCCAUAACUGUUACCACUACGAGGAUGUAUCGGUCACAUGCAGAGUUCCAUCAGUGGUGGUGUCACGGGGCCUUGGCGAGGCCACCACUUCAUCUAGGAGAAACUCCGGUUUAAGAGAUGGUACGAUCCGGUUAGUUGGUGGACUGGACUACUGCCAGGGACGGGUGGAGGUCUUCUACCAGGGCAGCUGGGGGACGGUGUGUGAUGACGACUGGGGCAUGAGAGACGCAGGGGUGGUGUGCCAGCAGAUAGGCUGUGGCCACGCCGUUUCCUCCACCACCAACGCCUACUUUGGUUACGGCACAGGCCUGAUUCUACUGGACAACGUCAACUGUAAUGGCUACGAGAACCAGCUGAGUAAAUGCUACAGCCUGGGAUGGGGGAUACACAACUGUGGACAUCAUGAGGAUGCUGGAGUUAUCUGUUCAGGUUCAGGCUCCACCACUGUUCCUCCCAUGAAAAGUGCCACAAUGUCCAUGCAAAGGGGAUUCUUCCAGACUGCCAGCAUUGCAGAGCGGCCCGUCAUCCGCGUGGUGAACGGUAAUAGCAGCUGCCAGGGCCGCGUAGAGGUGUUCUACAACAACCUCUGGGGCACGGUGUGUGACGACGACUGGGAGCUGCCCAACGCCCAGGUGGUGUGUAGGCAGCUUGGCUGUGGUCCCGCCAUCGCUGCCAAGAUCCUGGCCUUCUUCGGCUACGGCUCGGGUCCCAUCCUGCUGGACAACGUGGACUGUGAGGGCAGUGAAACAAAUCUGGAGAAUUGUUUCAACCUCGGCUGGGGACAGCACAACUGUGGACACCAUGAAGACGCUGGAGUCAUCUGUGCACCCUUUCAGCCUGUUCAAGCUGGAAGAGAGUUCAUCAUGACAGAAAUACCCACCACUAGACCACCAAGUGACGGAAUGGUGAGGUUGGCGGGCGGGCAGCACCACUGCGAGGGCCGGGUGGAGGUGUUCUCUGGGUCGAAAUGGGGUACAGUGUGUGACGACGCCUGGGACAUGCCAGAUGCCCAGGUGGUGUGUCGCCAGCUGGGCUGCGGUCCGGCUGCUGUGGCCCGCGGGGGGGCCUUCUUUGGCCGCGGCACCGGCACCAUCCUCCUGGACAAUCUGAAGUGCAGCGGCUCCGAGGCCUCGCUCCAGCAGUGCUCCCACAUAUCCUGGGAUGUGCACAACUGUGACCACUCUGAAGACGCCGGCGUCACGUGCUCACUGUCGUGAUUCCAGCAGCGAUUCGCCGCCAGGGAGCCACCAAAUUACUCCCACCUCCACUGCCAACUAAUAGGACGGGCGCCUUGGUGGGCAUAACCCGGGACUUGUAAACAUGAUGUAAAUAACAGCUCACCCCCAAUGCCCAACGGAAGGAAGACAACAACAACAAGAAAACAAACUAACA